UAAUGUCAGAUAUUGAUUAAUGGAUAGAAACAUUAAAAAAUGGAGAGAAUCUGAAGGAAACAGAUGUCAAAAUAUUAUGUAACAAAGCUAAAGAUAUACUUAAUAACGAAGAUAAUGUCAUUAGAGUUGAAGCUCCUGUGACUGUAAAAUAAAUGAUUAUAUAGAUUUGUGGAGAUAUUCAUGGAUAAUUUUAAGAUUUAAUGGAAUUAUUUAAAGUAGGUGGUGAUGUUCCAGAGACAAAUUACUUAUUUUUGGGAGAUUUUGUGGAUAGAGGAUAUAAUAGUGUAGAGACAUUUUUAUUAUUGUUGGCUUUAAAAGUAAGAUAUCCAGAUUAGAUUACAUUGUAAAAAUAAAUAUAAUGAUAGAAUUCGAGGAAAUCAUGAAUCUAGAUAAAUUACUUAAGUAUAUGGAUUCUAUGAUGAAUGUCUAAGAAAGUAUAGUACUUUGAAUGUUUGGAAGUAUUGUACUGAAGUUUUUGAUUAUUUGGCAUUGGCAGCAGUAGUCAAUGAUAGUAUUUUCUGUGUGCAUGGUGGUUUAAGUCCUUACAUCAAAACAAUAGAUGAAAUUAGAAUAAUUAAUAGAAAGUAGGAAGUACCUCAUGAAGGAGUUAUGUGUGAUUUGAUGUGGUCUGAUCCUGAUGGUUUAUUAUCAUAUUUAAUUUUGUAGAAAUUGAAGGUUGGAGUCAGAGUGCAAGAGGAGCUGGUUUUGUAUUUGGUGCUGAUGUUGUAAAAGAAUUUAAUCGUAGAAAUGGCAUUUCUUUGAUUUGUAGAGCACAUUAAUUAGCUAUGGAAGGAUUCAAAUUGAUGUUUGAUAAUUCUUUAGUCACUGUUUGGUCUGCACCAAAUUAUUGUUAUAGGUUAAAUUUCUUUUUAUUUUUAGAUGUGGUAAUGUUGCUUCAAUACUUGAAUUGGAUGAGAAUCUUAAGAAAUAUUAUAAGUUAUUCGAGGCUGCUCCAACCGAGAGAUCAGCGAAUUCAAAAAAAACUAUCGCAGACUAUUUCUUAUGA